UUUCCAAAAAACAAAAUGGCUAUUUAAUAAAGUGUUCUGAAUUCGAAAAUGAACAAAAUUGUUUCUUCUCAUUAAUUAAAUAGCUGUAGUCUACUUUUCAGAAGUAUCAAAGUCAGUUGAUAGAAUAACCAAAAAAGUAAUUAAAAGACUGAAGAAAUUGACUUACCAAAGAAAAAUCUAUACAAGUGUUUAAAAUUUGAGAUUGUAAGAUUUUAGAAUUUGUUAUUUACCAUGGCAAAAGCAUUUUGUGAUAACGAUAAUUUUACGAUUGAAAAAGAAGAUCCAGAAUCUGAACUAGAAUUUUUUUCAUCUAUAGACAAUGCAACAAAAACUUGGUUAAAUUCUCUACAUCUAAUUUGGAGUUGUUGGAAGAAGAGUGUUGCUGUAACACGAACUUUACAUGAAUAUUUUGAAACUGCUCCAAAUCCUUAUUUGAGUACUUUAAAAAUUUUAGUAAAUACAAAUCAUUUUUACCAAAUAAAAAUAAAAUCUUCUCUAGCAGUUACAAUAAUUGAGGAAUUUGAAAAGUGGAUUAACCCUGUCAAAAAUAAUUAUAAAUAUUGUCUUUAUCCUGAAUUAAAAGUAGCUGCCUUUAAAUUAGUUAGUAAACAAAAAUGCUUACAAUUUGUAAGAAUGGUAUCAGAUGUUUACGAAUUCUCCACAGAUAAUAUAUAUUUCAUUCCUUUUAUAAAGGAAUUGAUUAGAAAUAAAAAGUUCAAAGAAGCAGGGCAGUUCACAGAAAUGUUGAAACUUCAAAAAUCAUUUGACGAUCCAGAAAUAUUGUUAUUGCCGUUAUUUUUGCAAAAUAAAAUUAGUAUUGUAAAAGAUCUUUUAAAAGAUUAUCCAGAUAUGCAAUGCACAUAUGUAACUUAUUUGGAUAAAUUACUUUCUCCAGAUAAUAAUUCACAAAAGACUUUGGAUCAGUUUAUAAUUCAUCAUAAAAUACCUGAUGUAAAAAUGAUAACUCUACAACAUAAGCCUAUAGCUAAAACUUUAGCACGAUUGGUAAAAUUUUAUAAUCUUCCACCUGAAACAUGUCCAAAUUUACAAAUGAAAAGAGGUCAAGGAGCACUUCGAUUUUUAAUAUAUAAACGUUAUGUAGAUGGAAGCCUAAGUGUCGAUAGUUGGAGAGAAAUGGUAAAAGAAGCAAUUGGCAAUGAUCCACUAUUGCAAGUCGAGAUUGUGGUAUUUCUUGUAAAUGCAAAUGAUUGUAUGGAAGCAUUAUAUUUUGCUCAUAUCUACAAUGUACCUAGAAAUAAGUGGCCUUCGUCUUUAAAACGUUAUUCCAAUAGCUUGUCACAUCCAGAUUGUAAUCCACAUGAUACUACCAAUAAUGAAAUCAGUAAUGAACCUAAAAAAUCUAGUUUUUAUACAUUAAAUUUACCAAGAACAUGUAUUCACAUUAUAAGUGACACAGAGUCCUUUGUAGACUUUUUAAAUAAUGCUUUAAAAAAUACUAAUAUUGUUGGUAUUGAUUCUGAAUGGAAACCAAGUUUUGGUGCUAAGAAAUCAGAACUAGCUCUGAUACAAAUUGCAACUAAUACAGAUGUAUAUAUUUUUGAUGUUACAACAUUAGGAAAUUUUCUGUAUCUUUGGACAGAACUACGCACAAUACUAUUUAAUAAUGAUAAAAUAUUAAAAUUGGGUUUUGCCAUGGCUCAAGAUAUUAAUGUAAUACGAAAUAGCAUACCUGCUCUCUCAAAUAUUAAAGCUUGUGGAGAAGGUUAUUUGGAUUUAAGUCUUUUAUGGAAGGAAUUAUUAAAUGACUAUAAUUUUCAAUUUCCUUAUGAAGGUGAUAAUUCUUUUACAAAUGCGAGCUUAAGUAAAUUAGUGGAACUUUGUUUAGGUCUAAGAUUAGAUAAAUCUGAUCAAUUUUCGAAUUGGGAACGCAGACCUCUGCGAGAAAGUCAAAUAAUAUAUGCAGCUUUAGAUGCUUAUUGUUUACUGGAUAUUUAUAAUGUCUUAUGUUUACAUUGCAAAAACUUGUACGUACAUUUCAAAGCUAGAUGUAUGUAUGUGCAAAAUCCAUCUUGCCAAAAUUCAUUUGCACUUCUGGGACAGCCUACAGUUGACUAUAAUCCAAAAAAACCACAUUUUAAGAUUAAUGUCAACAAUACCAGGGAUUCAUAAACUGUUUGUAUAUGUUUUUUUUUAUAAAACUUACAGUCUGUUAUUAUAAAUACCUUUUAAAAUG